AAGCGUAGCUUUGGCCUGAGGUGCUUUCCUUUUUGGUUUGGGUCUUGGUGUCCGGACGGCAGGGAAGAGGCACCUUUAGCGGUGUUGGUUAAGGAAGAAGCGCUACCCAGGGUCAGGGCAUAGCCGUACCGUGCCCCUCCAACUUUCUCUGACUGCUGCCGUCUCAUCACAAAGCUCAGAAGGCAUAAAUACGCUGCAGUUCACCUUCUUGUGCUCAGCCCUGGAGCUGUGUGUGGCUCUCAGCACUGGGGACCUUGACACGUGUGGAGAAGACUGACAUAGAAGGUACCUUGUUUGUGUACAAAAGGUCUGCUUCUCCAUACCAUGUUUUUACAAUAGUGAAUCGACUGAACAUGCACAACUUAGUUGAACCAGUGAAUAAAGACUUGGAGUUUCAGCUUCAUGAACCUUUUCUUCUCUACAGAAAUGCUAGCUUGUCAAUUUACAGUAUCUGGUUUUAUGACAAGAAUGACUGUCAUCGAAUAGCAAAACUCAUGGCUAAAGUGGUAGAACAAGAAGCUCAGAGAUCACAACAAGUUUCUCAGGACAGAAAAAGUCCCAGCAGAACAAAUGGCUGCAGUGAAAACAGACCUAUUGACAUCUUGGAAAUGCUCAGUAAAGCCAAGGUUGAAUAUGAGCGAAAUCAAGUCAAUGAUUUGAGUGUCAUGUCAAGUUCUGGUGUGCAACAACAUGCGAAUGCCACAAAGCCAGAAAGCACAGAGACUUCUGAACAAAACACUUCAUUACAAGUGCAAGAUCAACCAUUUCAGUCAAGGCCAAAGCAUCUGACUUUAGAAGAACUCUUUGGGACCUCUGUACCAAAGGAACAGCCUUUACCUCUGUAUCCCAAUCCAGAGAGAAUGGAGAAGUUGCAGACUGAGUCCUCUGCCAGAGAGCAACAAAACUUGCUUUUGCCUUUUUCCUUUGACCAGACAGCAGUAAUACAACCACCACAAGGGAAAUCGGAAAGUCCGAACGUUAAAGCUAGUGCCAAUCCUUUGAGUCAACAGGAAUGUUUGACACCUAUGCUUAUACCUCCAGCCUCGGUUUCCCAGCCUGAUGUUUCAAGCUAUUCAGUUCGCUUAAGCCCUAUACUUAAUUCAUCCUCAACAAUGGAUGCUGCUCCUGCUCAAAUGCUUCCUGGCCUAAAGCAAAACAACAGUCUAAUGCAAGUUAUGCAGCAAGCUACCAAGCAGAUAACCCCGCUAGUGAAUCAGCCUUCUGAAGUGAACCAUGCUCCACAGAAUUUAAUGGCUGGCCAGAGCCAGCUUAUAACACCCUUGACAUCAGCAAAUACAGGACCUGUUUCAAACACGUCCCAUACAGGUGUUGAUCUUCUCCAGAAACUCAGGUUGACUCCACAGCAUGACCAAAUGCAACAGCAGUCUAUCACUAAGACUUCCUUAACACCAAACAUCUCUGCCUCGAUUGGCCAACUUGCAACACCAGAAAGCUUCAAAGAAUCACACAGUAAAUCAUCAACCUUGAACAGCAAAAAAAUCCCUUCCCUGCAGGCUGUACAACAAAACAAAGAACCAGAAGUAUUUCCACAGUCCAAGACUUUACCUAAAGUCAGUCAGGUUGCACCUCCACAGUUUGUUACAGCCACAACUACAGUAGCUCCUUCAAUCCUCUUGUCUCCUAGUGUUUUCCAGCAGUCAGCUACAAAACCUACUGAAGUGGAAAAUAAAGCCAAUUCUUCAUCACCUUUAACACUUGGAACAACAGAGAUUCAGACAGUACCUCCUACUGUUCUCAGUAGGUCUCAGCUUCAGGAAGCACUGAUACAUCUAAUAAAGAAUGAUUCCCGUUUUCUCAGCACUAUUCAUGAAGUCUACUUGCAAGUCCUAACCAAGAAUACAGACAACAUUAAGCUAUAAUCGAAGCUAAAUCUGCUUAGAAUGUUACCACUUUAGAAAUAAUUAUGCCUCAUCUAUAAAACUGAUAUUUUUUUAAAAGAUACUUAGUUUUCAAUGUCUUGAAUUUGAACCCGUUAGGAAAGAGUAUUCCUUAAAUACUUCAAGAAAGUAAUGUUCUCAGAAGUGAUUUAGGUUUUCACUGUGAUUGUCACCAGCAGACCUUUCUUUUUAUUGGGGGAGGGGAUUUAAUUUGCUUAUGAGCUUUCAUUUGCAUUUUUGAUCAUGCAGAUGUUUGCUCUGGCUUUUGUUCCUAGCUGUAUUCACCUCUCAAGGAUUACAGACUACGUACUACUUAAACUAGCACAUAUGUAGUAUAGUACACUACACCACACCAGAACAAGACUUGAUUUUGGAACCUAGUUCCAAUUCUAAGGUGAGAAUUGAAUGCCUUGUGACUAAGGUGGCAGAUGUGGGGAAGAGGGAUUUGGAAGCCAGGCGUUUGUAGCUAAAUCUUUAAACAAAAGCUUUAAAACGUGAUUUGCUGAGUACUUUAACAGUCUCUGGCUCGUGCUGAUCAUUUUAUCUUUUAAAUAUUUCAUUAAUCUUACUGCUUCAUGUUUGACAUAAAACAGAUAUCCAAGUGAGUAAGGCUGUUUUCUCUAAAAAGGUGGAAUCAGAAAUAUACAAAAUCUUCAAUGAUUGUAUUAGUUUUAAGCAACAGAACAGUUCUGUUGUAAGUUGAGGUUCUUUCAGGUUAAGUGUAGGUAGGAGGCCACCACUGGAAGACCACUUUCCUGUUCAUUAGUGUUUGAUAUGACUGAAAUACUUUGUUUCCCUUUUGGCUUAAGGAUGGACCAUAUCUUAUUUGGAUUUCAUUCCUCAGUUGUAUCGUAACUGCAGUGUUGAGAACUAAGCAGAUGGGGAACAAUUGCAUGCUCUCCUCUUGGCUUCUCUCUAAAUUAUUUAUCUAUACUUCAUGCUCUGAAAUGUAUCUAGUUAACAUGUUACUGCUUUUUGUAUAUUAUUUCCUAGUUCAUCAAUGUAAGAAUUUAGCAUCAUACUUUCUUAUUUGAAAUCAGAAAGAUUUCUAACUGUUUUCUUAUGCUGCUGUGUUGGUUUACCCAUGGCUUGUAUUUAUUUCAUGAAGUUAUACAAAGGUAGUUAACAGGACUUCAGGUCUGAACUUUUUCCAGCAAUACUAAUUUUAAAGGAUGCUUUUGCAAUUUAAGGAAAAAAAAAUUUUUUUUGUUUAUUCAGUAAAAAAUUAGUCUGUACUGAGUUCUGAUGCACUGCUUUUUUCCCCUUCCCUCAAGCACUAUUGAAAUUGAAGAAAAACACUGAUUACAGAAUCA